GAGCCCCAGCUGAGCUUCGAUUCCAUGGAUUCCAAGCCAUCGAAGGCCCAGCGUGGGCCACCUGGGCUGCGCUGCCAUUCUCGGCACGUGGAAAAGCUGAACCGCUUCCUGCAGACAGUGGAAGCCGACAACGCACGCCUACGGGGCGAGGUGCUCAUCCGCAGAUUGGAGGUGUCCUGA